UGGUUACCUACGUUUCAAGCCUUGGUAACUCCCAGUCUUGUCACAACUUGAAGUCUUCAUGAAACAAGUUAAUUGAUGUGGAUUUAAUUAUAAUUUUAAAGCUAUUUAUUUUCAAUCAUUAUUAAAUUAUUCCUUGAUUAGUUUUACAAUCAGUUACUAAUAUUCGAAUUGCAAUGUCUUCUACAGUAAUAAGCAAUGAUCCUAGACGACCUGAUAAAAUUGUAAAAUAUAAACCCAGUAUCCAUAGUCCAUUGAAUAAUGGAGGAGAAGAUCCAACGCCAGAUUGUAUGAAUGUAUUAAGUAUGAUUUUCAGCAUGUUUGGUUUAAUGAUGAAAUUGAAAUGGUGCUCCUGGAUUGCGUUAUUCUGUUCAAGCAUAAGUUUUGCUAAUUCACGAGUUAAUGAUGACACUAAACAAAUCUUGAGCAGCUUCAUGUUAUCAAUUUCGGCUGUUGUUAUGUCCUAUGUUCAAAAUUCGCAGCCAAUGACGUUACCGUUCAUGUGAUAAAUGAAUUUUAUUAUUCAUCCUUGGAUCCGUUAGUUUGAAUUCACCAUGUCUCGGUUUUGCAACUACAUAUUUGUUUCAGGUAUUACUACCUUAGAUUUCCGCAAUACAUUUCAAUUUAUCAAUAUGUAACUACUUUUAUAACGUAUUAAUAUAAUAUGCCAACUAUUAUCCGAGUUGAACUCAUGUGAAAUUUGCCCACUUGAUAUAAAAGGUUUUCUAACGACUGA